UUUUCACAUGACAAGUGUUGAACCACGUUGUUCCUAACACAAAAGGGAAGUCUUUUAGCACCGUACUACAACCAUAAACCUAGCUCCUUUACUGCUCAGAUCAGGAUCGAACAUGCCUGGAAAAACUCAGAAGAAUGGCUCCACCGGUGGUGGCAAGAUGACCAAGGAGGAAGAGAGAUUACUGCUGGAGAGCAGCAGACAAGUCUCAGGCACUGCUUCUGCUCUCUUCUAUGGAAAUGCCUUCAUUGUGUCAGCCCUACCACUAUGGUUGUACUGGCGAGUUCAGAUGAUGGACCUCAUCACUUACGGAAUAGUGUUCGUUGCCUUCACCAUCAUCAGCACAAUGCUCCUGGCCCAUGCUUACAAGAAGACCAAAGUCAACAUGAAGCACAAGAUUGCAAUGAAGCGUGAAGCUGCCAUCUCGAAAGAGAUCUCGGCCGACAUGAACUCCGGAAGUGGAAAGAAACUCACCAAAGCUGAGAAGGAUGAGAGGAUCUCAUGGAAGAAGAAUGAGGUAGCUGACAGUGAGGCCACGACUUUCUCCAUAUUCUACAACAACACUCUCUACCUGCUCCUCGUCCUGGGACUGUUCUACUUCCUCAGGCAGUUUGCACCUGUCGUAAACUACGUUGUUGCCACGGCAGGAGCUGGUGGAUUGUGUGCUCUCCUCUCAACAGGUGUAUGAACAUUUAGGACAGUUUAUCAGAUCAGCUUGAAUCUAGGAGAGAUGUUUAUUGAUGACGAUAGUUUCCAUGUCUAAUUUCCCCGACUGUAUGAUACAUAUAUUAGUAUUUCUGAAUUUCAUUAUAAUUUUGCCCUGUUCCGGCAAUUUAACUUUGCCGUCGGGUCAUUGUACGAAAUAAAUUCAGGGAAAAAAUUGAA